GCCGAUCCGCCCCGCGAGCGGGCGCCCGCCGCCUCCCGGAGAGGCACCAUGCAGACCUUCCUCAAGGGGAAGCGGGUGGGCUACUGGCUGAGCGAGAAGAAGAUCAGGAAGCUCAAUUUCCAGGCCUUCGCCGAGCUGUGCCGGAAAAGAGGAGUAGAAGUAGUACAGCUUGAUCUCACCAAACCUAUUGAAGACCAGGGCCCUUUGGAUGUGAUCAUACAUAAGCUGACAGAUGUCAUCCUCGAAGCAGACCAGAAUGACAGCCAGUCACUGGAGUUGGUACAGAGGUUCCAGGAGUAUAUUGAUGCUCAUCCAGAAACCAUUGUCCUGGACCCUCUUCCAGCUAUUCGUACACUUCUGGACCGAUCCAAGUCUUAUGAGCUCAUUCGACAAAUAGAGGCAUACAUGCAAGAUGAGAGGAUCUGUUCACCACCCUUUAUGGAGCUGACAAGUGCCUGUGGAGAAGAUACCUUGCAGCUUAUAGAGAAGAAUGGACUUGCAUUCCCAUUCAUAUGUAAAACCAGAGUGGCCCAUGGAACCAACUCUCAUGAGAUGGCGAUCAUCUUCAACCAGGAGGGUCUGAAAGCUGUCCGCCCGCCUUGUGUCAUUCAGAGCUUCAUCAACCACAAUGCUGUGCUGUAUAAAGUGUUUGUAGUUGGGGAAUCCUACACAGUGGUGAAAAGACCAUCUUUAAAGAACUUCUCUGCUGGAAUCUCAGACAGAGAAUCAAUAUUCUUCAACAGCCACAAUGUCUCAAAGCCAGAAUCAUCAUCUGUCUUAACAGCGCUGGAUAAAAUCGAAGGAGUGUUUGAGCGGCCAGAUGAUGACGUCAUCCGGGAAAUCUCUAAGGCACUGCGGCAAGCUCUGGGAGUUUCCCUCUUUGGAAUCGAUGUCAUCAUUAACAAUCAGACCGGGCAGCAUGCAGUCAUCGAUAUAAAUGCAUUCCCAGGUUAUGAGGGCGUUUCCGAGUUUUUCACAGAUCUCCUGAACCACAUAGCUGCUGUCCUGCAGGGUCAGGCACCUGAGGUGACCCAGCUAAACCGUAGCAAGCUCCUGGCUGAGCAGACCGGCGGGAUGAUGGACGAGCGGAUAUGCUGUGCGAGCACGGGCUGUCUCAGCGUCAUGGGAAAAGACUCCUCCUGGAUUGUGGAGAGCGAGACCAACAGCUCAGUAAAACUGCAACACCAGAGACUAGGCUGCAACUCUGCAGUGUCCCCCAGCUUCCAGCAGCACUGCGUCGCCACGUUGGCCACGAAAGCUUCCUCCCAGUAACUUGCUGAUGCCAUGGACUGAGGAAAAAGCCGCAGGGAUACAAAUUGUGGUCCCGGAACCAGAUCAGGCUGUAAAAGUAGAAUUGGGGGGAAAAAAAAAAAAAAAAAAAAAAAAAAAAGAAAACACAAUACAAAAAAAAAGCAAAAUAACAAUUAAAAGAAACCCACCUUCCAUUUGAUUUAACCUGAUUUGCUGAUGAAAUGGUCUGAAAAGGAGAGGGUGAGAAAGUGAUUCAGAUCCACUUCAUCAGAUUCCAGUUGUAAAUCUAUAGUGAGUUUACACACACGCAUGGGAUUUAACACUAGACCUUUCAUUGUGGGAGGGUUGCUCUUUUGUUUCUAUUGUUCUUUGUAAUCACUGGUGACCAGCAUUUUAAAAUCGGACCUCAUGGUAUCAAGGAGAUAAUAAUGUUGAAAUGGAAUGUAUGAAUGUAACAGUGCUAGAGAUUUUUGCCUAAAAUACUCCCAUUCCUUUUUCCAGCUAGGCCAUUGCAAAAGAAAGCUAAGACAACUUCAGUAUCACUAAACCAAAUCUCUUGCAGCAUUGUCAGGGUAUUGACAGAGAGCUUGCUGUGAGCCACAGCACUUAGAUGGGACCGAGCAUGCCGGCUGUUAAGGGCUCAGUACCGAGCAGCCGCCCUUCACAGCUUUACCCCAGGCCUCCUUGCUUUAGUCACCAGCAGCUUCUGGCUACACUUGCCAAGAGUGAAAUGUGUCUGAUCCAGGCAGACUAGAGGCUGAAAAAGAGGUGCAGGUAGUUAAGUUGAGUGAUUUAGUUGAUGAAAUGACAUUCUUUCCAUCAUCUGCUAGAAGAGCAGCUCAUCUCUGAGCAGAGAAUUUAAUUCUCCCUACAUUACACUUGUGAGGAUUCCAAGACAGCUCUGCCAAAAGGCUGCCAACCAGAGCCACACAUUCUCCUUACAGCAGUGCACCUGAUCUGGGUGUAACACAAUUGCUGCCUUCCACAGAUCCACGGUGCUGCAGUUUUUUCUUUUGCAAAUGAAAUGUGUGCCGAGUGAGUACCUUUGUGUGAGACAGCAGUUCUAAGUAGCGUAUCGUGCUCCAGGCUGCCAGGUGAGUCUGUCAGACGGGCUGUGUGGUAAUUUACAGUGGUGCUUCACACUAUUUGUAAGCAAUAGUGCAGCCACCUUCUGUCUCUUGAGAUGUGCAGUAAACCUACAGUGUUCACCUGCUAUUGCAUCUUCUAGCAUGGCAGCAUCUUCUGCUGUUGAGCAUUCCUGCAGCUUUUGCCAAUUCUGAACACUAAACUGGAAGUAACCAACUCUAUCAGUGCUGAGAACAUAGACUUUUUUGGUAGACUGAGUGGCCUUCUCUUUCCCAUAUAAGCCCUAAAAUAUAUUUAAGAGGCGUGGUGGAAAGAAAAUGUCCUUAAUUCAGCUCAUAGCUUACAGGUAUGGUAGUCUCCAGCUUUCUAUAGCGGAUAUUUGUAAAGCACUCAUCACUGCAGCAUUUAAUGCCCGUUUGUUAGUAUCCUGUAUUAGAUUGAAAGGAAAUGCAUUACCACUCAAAAGGAAACGAUCUAGAGCUUAAAGCUUGGGCAGACCAUGGAGAGAGCAGUAGAAAGCGUCACCAUCCUAACCUGAUGGUACCAGUCCUGGAGGAGAUGGCAUUAUGAAGAACAUUGUGUAGCAGUUAUUUUAUGCACGCUCAUUUUCCUCUGGGAGAGAUUGGGUUUGUUCCCCAAGUGCCAUUGUAGGAAAAUUUCUGUAGCUGGGUUUGCAUUUCUGAGGACAGCCUACACAAGAGGGAAGGACCUCGUGAUUGUGAUACCUGUAGAAUUGCAGGGUGCACAUAAUUACAGCCAGCUUCCUAUUCUGUUGCAGACCGGCCCUGAGCUGGGCUCUCUUUGCAUUCCCUGUAUGCUUUGAGGCUGCUGAACCCCACAUUGAGUGCAGCUUGCAGGUCUGGGUUGUAGUGGUGUGAGUGAGUCAGAUGUACAUAGAUGUGGGUUUAUACGAGUAUUCACGAUAGACCAAACCUUUCAUAAAGCCGUGACUGAAAUAAAAUUGACAUCUACAGUUUGGGGUUUGUUUUUGUUUGUUGAAAAUAAAAAGUGUUUUUAUGUUACAUGUGUAACAAAAGAUACCCUCAGGAAGAAAUUUGCCAGUGCUUAUUUUUGUAUGGUACUUUCUUGUAACCAGCUGGUGGAGUGUUUGUAGACUUGCCUUUUGCUCCCUUUAUUAUGGCUUGGGGUUGUUUUGUUUUGAUUUGUUUUGUUUUUAAUUUGGUGGUGGGGAAAAAGCGAUGAUGUUAAAGCUGGGUUAGUAACUCAAGACCUUUCAAACUAAGUAUGUUUACAUGAAUCUGAGUGUCGGAUCCAAUUGAAGUGUCUGUAUGCUGUUUCCUAGUUAGAACAUCAAAUGAGAAUUUUAUUUUCCUGGCUGCCUUCUGAAUUUUGGUUGGCCUAUUUUGCACUGCUUUAUUUCUCCAAAAUAAACUACUGAAAUAUAAUUGUGCAUUUUAAACUUGUUUACAGAUGAUUGUUAAAAGUUUAUUUUGUAAUUCUCUGAAGGCUUACAGAAAUGCUAUAUUUAAAUAUUACUCCAGACCUUGGCUGUAACUAGAGGAGAAGUUUAGGUCAUUGGUGUGAUCAGUGACAUUUUUCCCAUAGUCUGUAAUUUAUUUCUUAUUUAUCAAAUGUAUCUGUAUCACUUUAAUUUACCAGGUGCAGACGUGCAAGUACCUGUUGUGAUGUGGCAUUACAAUAGAGUUUUCUCCUAAAUUACCAUGCGAUUGCUGUACUGCUAUAUUUCCUUGCCGAAAUUGUUGUUGUGGCUCAUAUGUUAGAGUGCCGCCCAAUCACAUGGGCCAAUCAGGAGACCAGUUUUUAAAAGCCAAAACUGUAGAUUACCAAGUGUCCAGACAUACAAUUACAUUACUGCAAAACAUUCGAGCACACGUAUGUUAUUAAGCCUGUGCUAAAGUGCUUUUCUGAAUUGCUGCCUCAUUUGAUACGUUUAGGAUGGCUUUGAUUUAUUAUAAGCUUCACAGUAAUGUAGUUCUUGUUCUGCAGUCUUUUCCUUUUUCUUUUUUUUUUUUUUUUUUUUUUGUUUGUUUGUUUGUUUUCUUUUAAAGUAAGGAGAUGUAGUAACAUAAGACCAUCCCAUAUAAUAGCCUCGCUCUUAAAAUUGCAGACAAUCUGAGGGAGAUUUUCCAUAACAUCUUGUUUGAAUUCUGUUAUUGUGGGUUAGAAAAGGUUCUGCUGUGUUUUCAGAGGCAUAGCUAUUGCUGCUGUGUUGAUUGGAGCAAUUAAGUUAAAGUGAUGUGGUCACCAGUUAGCAUCUUGUGGAUCUGCUUCUGUUCUGCUUCACUGUUAUCAGUCCACAAGAGCACCAUUAGCUUGGCUGGAAUGUUCUCCAGGUUUUGUGUCAGUGUGAUGGAGGAGAUUUGACUGUGAUUUUCGCUGUGAUUGUGUAGCUGACUUCAGUAGGUGAAGAUUAUACCCUGUUGAAGAGAACUUGAAUGGUAUUAUUAGUGCACAUAAUGCAAAACCAUCACCAUCAUCCUCUCUCUCUAGCUGACACUGCCAUGUUACAUUGGGUUUGCAGUGACUGCCUCAGGACAAUUGGGUCAUACUGAAAACCCAGUGCAGGAGUGCAGCCUGACCACGUGUGCCAGGGCUGACACCCUUAGCCUGCCGUUGUUCUGCCUUUGGUAACCAUGCGUCUGGCUCUUCCAGACGUAUUCAGACCGUUGGAAUGAGAAAUUUGCUUAGAGAUCCCCAUGUGGAACAUGUCAGUGUUUGUACAGAGGAAUCUGCAACAACUUGCUCAGGUAAGAACCACCGGCUUCAUCUGCUGUCCUCAUAAAAAUGGGCACGAACAAAGAGCCUCAUCCUGGGGCCCCAGGAGGGGAGGAAAGUAAGGUGGAUGGCUCAAGCUGAGGGAUGAUGUCCCUCAGCCAGCCAUGGCCUGUGCUCGGUCUAGGAGUGAUUGCAUGGGGCAGCGCAUGGAUCGGAAUGGCAGGGCACAGCCAAGAGCAACUGAAUGCAGGUGGCCAAAGGUGUUUGAGUUGACUGACCAAAAAAAAAACCAGCAAAACAAAGGAAAAUGGAAACUUCUGUUUCCAUCCAACAAAAAGAAAUGCCAGACUCAGCAGCAAUUCAGCUAACAUGGCUUCCCCAAAGUCUUGGUGUGGCAGCAGUGACCAUGGGUCAGACUUUUUCACACUCGCUUGCAGCCGUACCUUCCAGAGUGGUGCAGAAGAUCCUGGGUUUGGGUUUGUUAGUGAAUAGAGUCUAAUUUGAGUUUGUAGUGGUCUCCCCAUGUGCAUACUGCAGGAGUUCACUUGCAUUACUCCACUAAUUCUCAUUUCCUCCCUCCUUCUGGUCAGAGAUGUAUUGAUUUUUGUAUUCAGUAUAUAAUUACUUUAUGGUGUUGCAGCUGUGUGUUUCAUAAUAGCAGGAUGUGAAAAUGCUUUGUGUAGAUUAAAAUAUUUCCUUUAAUAUAAUCUCCUCUCGCUUUCAUGUGUGACACACGCAUUGCUGAUUUUAUUUGUAAUAUUGCUUUAAUACGUAUUUCAGAGGAAUGUAACCUCCAGAAAAGUACUUCCCACAUCUUCACUACCUUUCCUUUCCCUAUUCACCCUGUGUGGACCCAAGCCAUCAAAAGUUGAGCUUUUGAUGGAGUGGGUUUCACAUCCUUUGUGGAUGCUGUUAUGUUUACAUGGCCACACUAAUUGCUAAAGUCUGUUGAAGUUUGAGAGAGUCCAGGUGCAGAUGAAAGUAUUAGAAUGGUAAUUCCUUGGCAACACAGGCAUGAUAGCUUCUGUAGCAAGCACAGGCUCCAAAGUGUUCUUGCUGUGUACAGGGAACUCUUGGGGUCUGGUCCAUUCCUGCUGGUAGUGCAGUUUCCCUGUGGAAGAAAAAAAUCACUGUAAAAAAAAUGUACUCUGUGAUGAAGAAGAGGGAUGAGAAGAGGCAGGUGAGGACUGGGGAUAAAGUCCUGGCCAGGGGACACUGAUACCAAUGGGCCAGGAGUUGGCUCCAUUAUUUUUAUAGAAAUCUUGGGAGAUGUUUUCUCUCCGCCUUUCUCACCCUGAAUCCUCUGGGGCUGAUGCCAGCAGUUGUCCGUGGGCCAUGAGCUCAGUAGGCAGUGGCCUUGUCCAGCAUGCCUGGAGUUUGCAGGAGGCUCCUGAGCAUUAUGAAGUUCUGAUGGAUGGCCUGGAAAUCUCUUGAAACUAGAAAUAGCUGGAACAGUGAAUGGAGUUUGUGAAAUUCAGGUCUUCCUUUUCCAUCCUUUUUAAAGAAACCCACUUUUUAUUUCCUCCUUUGUUCUUUACACAGUAGUUUUUAUAUAUAAAUUAUUUUAACAUUUUUGUGUGAAAAGUCAUAUAUACAUAUAUAAAGUUAUUAAAAGGUUGGCUAUAUGUUGAGUAUAAAAUAGUGACUUCUUUGUUUCAGAUGUUAGCAGCCCCUAAAAAUGAAUUGUUUAUCCUCUUGUAAAGUCAGUGCUGUAAAAAAUAAAUAAAUAAAAGCUGUAUUAGAUGUAUCUUUUAUUAUUUAUUUCUCACGCAGUAUGUGAUAUGGCUUGUGUAUACCUUUGUGAGAACCAUAUGCUAAGGUGCAGUCAUUCUUUAAAUCAAGUAAUAGUUCCUUGGGAUCCCAGCAGUUCUGAGACAAGUGGCCCUUCACGUGUGGGCCAUAUUGGAAUUCUCCUUCACUCGCCAGCUGUGCUCCCCACUUAAGCAUGGCUGAGGCCUGGGGACCAUUCAUCUGUGCCGGGUUUCACAAGUUUGUCAAUAUCUGUGUUCAAAUCCAACUGUACAGUGUUAACACGCGCGUCUUGUGAUUUGCUCCAGCCCUCUUCACUAUGAUUUCUGAAACGGGAUUCCCAUUUUGUACUUAAAUUUAUAUAGAAUGAUUAAAAAAAACUUAUAAAAUUGUGGUUUACUGUAAAAAAAAUAGAAAUGUUUGCUAUCUGGCAUCUUACUUCAGUUGCAUGACUGAUCGGAUCUGACAAUGGAGAUGGUGCUUUCAUCUAACAGCAAUGAUUUCAAUGGUAAUAUGUUGGUUUUUUUCUUUUGCCAAGCACCUGUGAUGGACAAUGUUUUGGUUUCAACAGUAAAGCAAUAUGCAGUAGGUAUUGUGGCAUUCUCUCUGUACUUGUUUUGAAGACAGAACUGUCCCUUUACAACACAUAAUGAAAAUAAAUGCCUUAUAACAAA